CGUGUGACGGUUUCCCCCCCCCUUUUUUGUGCCAGCAAAAAGGGGCGGGGGCAUGGGCGAGCCCGGCGGUCUGAGGGAGCGGAGCUUUGCAGCCUCCCUCCGUCUUUAUUAGUUGGGCGAGCGGGAAGCGUGGGAAGGAGUCGCCGCCUCAGCGAUCUGGUGGGUGACGGCGAUGCCCGGAGAGCGAGGCAGGAGGGCGACCGCUGGCGGCAUCCCAGAGACCGAGGUAAAAAGAGCUCCCACGCUUUGUCCUCCAAGCUUCGCAGCCCCAAACUUUCGGGGGAAAAAAGGAAGAUGCCUGAUGAUUUCCUGGCCACUAAGAUGUUUUGAAUAUUGAAAUUCUCUUUCUAACAAUGAAUGGUUCACAAUCAUCAUCCUUGCCUGGAAUUUCUACUUGUGGUGGAGAAAAACGCUUCAAUGUAUUAUUUUCUGCCAUCUUCAUGACUGUUGGGAUUUUAUCCAAUAGCCUUGCAAUAGUAAUUCUCAUGAAAGCAUAUAAGAGAUUUAGGCAGAAAUCAAAAGCAUUGUUUUUGUUUUUUGCCAGUAGUUUGGUUAUUACAGACAUGUUGGGCCAUCUCAUCGUUGGAACUAUUGCAGUAUUCGUAUAUGCAAAUGAAAAAAAAUGGAAAAAAUUUGAUCCAUCAGAAAAGAUAUUUUGCAAUUUUUUUGGUAACUGCAUGGUGUUCUUUGGACUUUAUCCACUUUUUCUGGGCAGUGUGAUGGCUGUGGAACGCUGCAUUGGAGUGACAAAACCAAUAUUUCAUUCAACAAAAAUGACUUUUAACCAUGUAAAAAUGAUAUUGACUAUGGUGUGUCUUUUUGCCAUUUUCAUAGCUUUGCUGCCAAUACUGACAUCAAAGAAGUAUACAAUUCAAGCAUCAAAAACCUGGUGCUUCUAUGAAACAGAGAAAAUUCAAGAUUGGGAAGAUAGAUUUUACCUCUUACUUUUUUCAUGUUUGGGUUUGCUGGCCCUUGUUAUUUCACUUUUGUGCAAUGCUGUGACAGGAAUUACACUUUUAAGAGUCAAAUUUAAAAGUCAACAUAGACAGGGCAGAUCUCAUCAUUUUGAAAUGAUCAUUCAGCUCUUGGGUAUAAUGUGUGUCUCUUGCAUUUGCUGGACUCCUUUCCUGGUAAUCAUGGCCAUUAUUGGAAUAAGUGGAAAUACCUCCCAUAAAACAGUACCCUGUGAAACUAUAAUUUUUGCUCUUCGAAUGGCAACGUGUAAUCAAAUAUUGGAUCCAUGGGUAUAUAUUCUUUUGAGAAAAGCUGUUCUUAAAAAAUUGUAUGAGAUUGCUAGAAGAUUUUGUGGAGUACACCUCAUUAAUUUGUCUACAUGGGAACUCAGUUCCAUUAAAAAUUCUUUAAAAGUGGCAGCAAUUUCAGAUUCACCGAUUAGUUCCAAGGUGACAAACCAACAAAUCAGUAUAAGAGGACCAUAAAGCGAAACAUAGAAAAUGAUGAAAGUAAAGGUUUAUGAUUGUUGUGUACAUUGAAACCUGAGAAGUGGCUCCAAUUGUAGAUGUGUCUCAAUCUGGAAUUGCUACUACAAGAUAUUUGACUUGUGAAUAUAAAGAAUCUUUUUUAUUGGACAUGCCCAGCCAUAUCUAGUGCCAAAUACAGGUAGUUCUGGAUUUACAACAGUUUGUUUAGUGACUGUUCAAGUUACAACAGCAGUGAAAAAUGUGAUUUAUGACCAUUUUUCAUAGCAAUAGCACUUAGAUUUAUAUACACUGUUUCACAGUACUUUCCAGCCCUCUGUAAGCGGUUUACAGAGUCAGCAUAUUGCCCCCAACAAGGUGGGUCCUCAUAUUACCGACCUUGGAAGGAUGGGAGGCUGAGUCAACCUUGAGCCUAGUGAGAUUCGAAUCGCCAAACGGCAGUCAGCACAAGUAGCCUGCAGUACUGCAUUCUAACCACUGCGCCACCUUGGCUCAUAGUUAUGACUUUUGCAGCAUCCACAUGACUGUGAUCAAAAUUCAGAUGCUUGACAACUGGAUCAUAUUUAUGACCUUUGUUGUGUCCCAAGGUCACGUGAUCCCCUUUUGCGACCUUCUGACAAAGUCAAAGGGGAAGCCAGGUUCAUUUAAGCCAGUUGGUAGUUGAUACUAACUUAUCAACUGCAGUGAUUCACUUAACACUUGUGGCGAGAAAAGUUAUAAAGUGGGACAAAAUCCACUUAACAAAUGUCUCUCUUAACAACAGAAAUUUUGGGCUCCACUUGGACAUAAGUCGAGGGCUACCUGUAUUUCAGGAAUUUCUAAAAUAAAAAAGGGAGGCAAUGAUAAUUAUACUUAAAACUAUUAAAUAAAAGUGUUAAAGAACCUCAAUAAAAGUAACAUGUUAGCGGCUGUGAAAUAAUUUUGAAUGAAGUAGAGAUUUAAAUGUUUGGGGUUUAUGUUAAAAUGAAACUUAAAAACAUGUUAUCAAAUGUAAAAGCUUAACAGCACAAUUAAAAUAGAUUGUUCUUGAAAAUGUUUAGUUCUGUUGGAUUUGAGGACAAUAUGUGACAGAAUUUAGAGACUAAUGUGUCCAAACAUCAUAACUCUUGAAAAAUAAUAUUUUGUUAACACUUCAGGUGGGAGUAGAAUGAAACCAAGGCAAGCAUGAAAAACUAGUUAAUUAAGUAUCGAAGUCUUGAGUUUUACAGUGGGUGUGCAGUGACAUUAUGUAAAAAGCAUUAAUUUUGAAAAUGUUCCUUGUCUUGUUAGUAUAAAGCUUUUGCUGUUUUUUACAAAUAUUUUAUCUAAAUCUUAUAAAACAGAUGGAAUAUUACUUCCUAAAUGAAAUAGCCCUGCAUUUUGGAUUUUCUGAGGAGAAACAAAUGUAUUUAAAUUGAUAUAACAUGAUAAAUUAAUUGUGUAAUUUGAAAAAUCCACCCUACAACUUUAAUGGUUAUUAAACAAUUGAAUGCUACACUAUAUUGAUAUUUUGAGUUAUAGUCAUUUGAUUAUACUGUAUUGUCAGUGUUUAACACUACAGUGCAUUCACAUGUUUGCAUAGAAAAGUUGUAUAGUAUAUAUAGUAUUAUAUGUCAAAUGUUAAUUUAGGUUCAAUUUUCUGUUAUAUAUUAUUUCAUAUUAUACUUUGCAGGCUCAUCUUAUUAAUAGAUAUACAAAAGUCAAACACUUGCUGGUUUUAGUGAAAGUAGAUUCAGGCAACAUUAAUGUGAGGCAUACAUCAUUAUUGGUUUGACCUAAAUAAAAGAAUGGCUUUCAUUUAGUUUAAAUCAUAAUACUUCAUGUUAAAUGUAAAAGAUAUUAAAUAUGCACAAUAAACUGAAUUUUCAAUACACAAAAGAUUAAAUGGAAGCUUUUUAUACAUAUUAAUAUAUUAUUAAAUUAAUAGCUUAUUAAAUUGAUUUACACAUGUAUAAAUAUAGAUUCUUAAUAGAAUGUAUAUAUGUCCUCUCUCUCUCUUUCUGUGUGUCAUAGAGCUGUAAAUUGUUAGAAGUUAGCAUCAUUUCAUUGUUUGUAUAUAGCUUACAUAGUUUUGUAUAAAAUGUCUUUAUAAAUUUACAGAAUAGAAUGGAAUAACAGAGUUGGAAGGGACCUUGUAGGUCAUCUAGUCCAACCCCCCGCCCAAGCAGGAGACCCUACACAAUUUCCAGAUAGAUGGUUUAGAUUUAGUAAGGUUCCUAGGAUUUCAGGCAAUCAAGUGCCCAGGAUUUUUCCUCACUUGCAUUAUGCUGGAGCUUUCUUUAAAAAACAAAACCGGCAAAUAUAAUUAAAGUAGAAUUUUAUAGAAUGAAAUCAGUGUGCUAAAGAAUGCCAGUGCUGCUAUUGCUAAUAUCAGUAGCCUAUAAUCUUUUAUUACUAUUCAUGUCUACAUGCUGGUCAUCCAAAAGAGUUAUGUGUUAGGUAUACGAGAGAAAUAAAGAGAAAAUGCAAAGCUUUAUUAAUGGUUUUCCAAGUCUAGGCCUGUACAAUUUCUAACCUACCAUACUGAAUUAACUCCACCAGUUAGAUAAAAGCAGCCUGCCAAGUUUCUCUAUUUUUAUGUUCCAGAAAAAGAUCUUAAUUGUUGAAGUAUAAAGCUGGUGAAAGAUAAUUCCUAAAUUGCAAGUGUGACAAUGGUAGAGUAAUCAAAUGUUAAUGUUUAGAAAAAUGAAGAAAUAUAACAAUGUGGAGGAUAUCCGCAUCAUUUUGUUAUCAUUUCCAGUUAUGUGCAGCUUUCUUGAAUAAAUAUCAUCUGCAUAGAGCAGGCUUGAUAUAUAAAGAGCAUGUACUUAUACAUGGAAGGUAUUAAAUUUGUAGUGUCUUCAGGGAAGGCUGGAAUGGGCCUUUUUCAAAGAUUUGUUAAUACUAAAUCAAUACUGAGCUAGAUGGACCUCAAAUCUGACUUGAUCUAAGAAGCCUUCUAAUCUAUAACAUAUGUUCCUAUAGCAGAUUGAUGCUAUCAUUAUACAAGCCCCCUCCCCUUGCUCUGAUGUUUGAAACUGGACUUUUGAAGAUUACAUUACUAGCAUUACUAUGUUAUAUCCAAUUUAUUGGUACAUAAGAAUAUUUCUAUUUAUUCAGUGGUACUUCCCCUCUACAGUACUUUGCCCAUGCAUCCUGCAAGUCUCUUCCAGGGCUCUUCAAUUUUCUGGAGUAGUUUUCGGAAGAGGGAGAGAGAUGGUUCCAGAAGAAUUAGUUCUUUUAUGGAUUUUAUUUCUUUACUAUAAUAAUUAUUUUGGACACAAGUUACCUAGCGUGUUUGAAUGGUUAGGUUAGUCUCAGUGACUGUGACUGAUGCUCAACAAUAAUGUUGUGGAAAUCUUCACAAAUGAAAAGAGUUAAUGAUAUUUAAAUUUGUGGGCUUGGAGAUAGGGUGUCAAGUGAAUAUGUAUGUAAAUUGUAUGUUUUUUUUCAUUCUGGCUGAACUGUUUUCAUUCUGUAUGUAUAUUACUAUUUAUAAAUUGUAUAAAGUACAAAGUGAAUGUAUGAUGUAGUGCCUCAUUAAAUUUAUUAUAACGUGCCUUUAUUGUUAUGAUGUGCUUGGAAUAGCAAGGGAGAAUCGCAAAUGCUGAAAAAAAAUGUCAUACUGUGAAAGUCACAGAAGUAUUACAAAUACUGGGAAUAUUAUUGGUGACUGUAUAGUUUCAGUAUUUAAAGGUGACUCUGCUAACUUUUUGUGGUUGCAAAUAAAGCUAUUUAACAUUU